ACUGGUGGGGGUUCUCUCUGUUGUCGACCUCCGGGGCCGCUCUGAAUGCUCUCUCCCCGGCUCUGUGCUGUCACUGCGGCCGCUCUCAAAGGCACAUGUUGUUUGUGGACCGUUCAGUAACCGAACCUAUGCUGCCAUGAUUGCUUUGUGUCGCCUGGUUCACAGAGGACUGCUGAGCAUCCGGCCGUCUUGCCGUUUGCUCGCCGGACAGGUGGAUGCGGGUCCCCCGGUCCGGCCAGCCAGCUCAUCCAGUCCUGUCAGCUUGACUUAUGACGUGUUCGACGGUAAGGGAGAGAGCACUCCCCUGGUGUUUCUCCACGGCCUCUUCGGCAGUAAAUCCAACUUCCACUCGAUCGCCAAGUCCUUGGUGCAGCGCACAGGCCGAAAGGUGUUGACUGUAGAUGCCCGUAACCACGGUAACAGCCCUCACAUCCCGGAGCUGACCUAUGAAGCGAUGGCCGCCGAUUUGAAACAUCUCCUCAGCCAGCUGCACAUCGAGAAGUGCGUCCUCAUCGGCCACAGCAUGGGCGGGAAGACCGCCAUGACAACCGCUCUGACACAGCCCAGUUUGGUGGAGCGGCUGGUGGUGGUGGACAUCAGCCCGGCCCAAACCACCACACGCACCAACUUCCGCUUCUACAUCCAGGCCAUGCAGGAGAUGAAGAUCUCCACCGACAUCCCUCGCUCCACCGCCAGGCGGAUGGCUGAGGAUCAGCUGCGGAGCUUAGUGAAGGAGCACUCUGUGCGCCAGUUCCUGCUGACCAACCUGGUGGAGGAGAACGGACAUUACUCCUGGAGGGUCAACCUGGAGGCCAUCGCAGCUCACCUGGAGGAAAUCAUGAGUUUCCCCAGACUGGACACCGUCUACGAGGGGCCAACGCUGUUUCUGGGCGGAGCCAGUUCUGCUUAUAUCAGCUCCGACGAUUACCCAGAGAUCCAACGGCUGUUCCCCAACGCCGACAUCCAGUACAUCCCAGACGCGAGCCACUGGAUUCACGCUGACAAGCCUCUGGACUUCAUCAGCUCCAUCAUCUCCUUCCUCCAGUCUUAGCCGCCUGCGGCCGCGCCUGCAGACUUUCUACAGCGCCUCUGAGCGUGGAGCGGAGUCGAUAACGAUCCUAAUAUUCGAGAUAACAGGACCAAACCCGCUCUCUUUUGCAGCAGUCAGUUCUUACUUUUAAAGCCAUUAGUCGUUCUGGUGUAAAGGAUUUUAAUUUAUUAGUGGUUGUAGAUUAUCCAGCUUGUAGAAACGUUUCAGUUGACCCGUUUAUAGAUCCGUUUAACAUCAUGGGGCUGUUUUUGGAAGUAAUGUACUAAUCCAAAGAAACUGUCAUUUGCACUGUACUGUCUUUAUGUUCAUAUACAGUGAAUCGCAAAAGUUUACGCACCUUAUUUAGAAAGCCAUGAAAGGAUGCACUGCAAAAACACAAAAUCUUACCAAGUAUGUUUGGUCUCGUUUCUACACUUGAAAUAAAACAAAACUAACUAAGUUAGUUUGUUUUAAGUUAAAAAUUAUUUAAAUAUUGAUGGAAAAAGUACUAUCUAUACUUGUAGAUUGUGGGAAAAAUAUCUUAUUAUAAGUGAAAUUAUUCCGUAACAUUUUUCAUUGUUGUUAUGAAAUAAUUGACUUAAAACGAGCUGCUAUAUCUUGCUAAGUUACUUCUAAGUCAGUUUUGUCUUAUUUCAAUUGAACUAUGAUAUCUUCACUAGGAACUAGACCAAAAAUACUUGGCAAAAUGUUUUUGCAGUGUAAUAAAUCAUUUUAAACAUUUAUCGGGACACAAAUGAAAGUCAAAAAAUUAAAACAAAUUGAAGCACUUUUUGAUUUAAUUUCAGCUUUUAGUCUGCGUUAGAAAGACUCACAACCCCUCGUCUUGACUUAACCAUACCAUCGCUCCUUCACAGCCCAAAACUCACUGAUGUUCAGAAUUUCUUUAAUAUGAAGAGAAGUAACCCCAGGCCAUGAUGCUGCCACUGCCAUGUUUCACUAUAGUUAUAGUGUUGCUUUGUGCCAAACCUAUCUUAUGAAAUCGUAGCCCUGAAAUUAAAUUUUUAUUUCUUUAAACCAAAGUUUUAUUAAUAAAAUGCACCUUCCUUUCUUUCUUUUUUUAAUUUAAUCUUUAACUCAGAGGAUGCAGCGAAUCGUAGGAACCGGUCUACCGGUCCUUCAUUUCUGUCUUAUCAGCCUGGCUUUUAUCUUUGCAAACUUUUCUGAUUAUUUCAGACUGUCUUCCUAGUGCCAUGCUUGUCAUAUAAUGUGGAUUUUUCUCUGAACACCAUCUUCAUAUAAGAACCUUUAUAGGCUAAUGGAUAAAAAUUAGCUUAACUAAAAAUUAACUUAACUUGACUUCAGGUUCACCAGUUUUACUAUAAUUGAUAGAAAGCUAAACGCUGAAAUUCAGUCAAAAAGUGAUUCACGUAUGCACACUUGAUUAUUACAUCAAACAAAAGUUGCAUUAAAAUUCAAAAUGAGUUGGUUAUGUGCAGAUUUGUGAGAGCUGCUGUAUUUAUGUCAGGAUUGUGAAGGAAGUGUUUCUGUGUUUGCGGAUGUGAGUUAAAGUAGCACUGCGGUAAAAUAAAAACUGUAUCUGAGGAG